UCUACAAGCAUCAGUAGCCGCAACAGAUUAUUACAACAUUCAUAGAGUCUGCAAAGUAGAUAGGCAUGUAACAGGAAUACACUGACCAGCAAAUAGACCUAUCAAACACCACUACGGAUAACCAGGCCAAGCAAUCCUAAGGAGCUCCCCUCAAGAUGAUCGGGGAAGCAGCGCAACUUGAGCAUCGAACACAAAAUCUUGCAUUGCGAGAUCGUAGCAAAUCCAGAAGAGAUGUACCGCAAGCUUCGUCAUUUUCGGCUCUUAAAUUAUAAGCUACUCCCUCCGCCCCACAAUAUAAUAUGUUUUUGCAAGCUGUUUCAGCUUGAAGCUUGGAAAAACGUCUUAUAUUACGAGACGAAGAGAGUAUUUUUUGUGAUGGGCAUGUAUAGUAAACUAGAUACAGAAGGCCUCUCUCUGUAUUCUAGUUUAAGCGGAGACUGCAGUGCAGCGCCGGAGCGGAGUCGCGCACGCAAGAAAAGCCACCGUACCCACCUCAGUUGGAGCCACGAAUUCUUUGGGAGAAGAUCAUAAUAAAAGGAAGGCGACUCCCACCCAGCACGCACCGUCCCUCUCUCGCUGUCGGCCUUCUCCGAUCGAGCACUCCACGCACGAUCCGAUGCCAAUGGGCUCGUCUCCAGCUCCAGACGAUGCCAUCAGGCAGCAUCUGCUGGACGUGGACGCCGACGGGCCCAAGAUACGGGUGCGCGGGCUGACGCUGCGGCCGCCGGGGCCCAACGGCGAGCAGACCGUGCCCGGGUCGGACCUGGACGUGCCGCGCGGGGUGGUGAUGGGCGUCAUCGGCCCCAGCGGCAGCGGCAAGUCCACCCUGCUCCGCGCGCUCAACCGGCUCUGGGAGCCCGCCCCCGGCGCCGUCACCCUCGACGGCGCCGACAUCUGCGGCCUCGACGUCCUCGCGCUCCGCCGCAGGGUCGGCAUGCUCUUCCAGCUCCCCGCCAUGUUCCACGGAACGGUGGCGGACAACGUGCGGUACGGGCCGCGGCUGCGCGGCGAGACGCUCACCGACGCGCAGGUGCAGGAGCUGCUGGGCCUGUCGGACCUGGACCCGGCCCUGGCGUCCCGGCCGGCGUCGGAGCUGUCGGUCGGCCAGGCGCAGCGCGUCGCGCUGGCCCGCACCCUCGCCAACGAGCCCGAGGUGCUGCUGCUGGACGAGCCGACGAGCGCGCUGGACCCGAUCUCCACGCAGAACAUCGAGGAGGCGAUCGUCCGCCUGAAGAAGACGAGGGGGAUCACGGCGGUGAUCGUCUCGCACAGCGUGAGGCAGAUCCAGCGGAUCGCCGACCUGGUGUGCCUCGUCGUCGACGGCGUGGUCGUGGAGGUGCUCGCGCCGUCCGACCUGUCCCAGGCCAAGCACCCCAUGGCGCGCCGCUUCCUGGAGCUCAGCUAGCUGAAUGUUUGUUCGUUUGACUUUGGUCGCCGACUACAUUGUUCAGGUGUCUCGACCUUGCUUAAUUUGGACAUGUCGCUUCAAAUCUUGCUACCACACUUGCAUAAAUUUACUUCGCUAUCCUGCUGUCAAUUUUUUUUUACUUCACUAUCCCGCAAAAAAAAAUUUACUUUUCUUUUUGAGAUGGCAUAAAUGUAUUUUUGGUGUGUUCUGAAGACUGGUGGAGCGAGAGAGGAUAUUCUAGCCGCACCGGUUUCUAUCGGUGUCCGGCUAGCCAAUCAAAAUGC